UUGAGAUUCGACCGUAAACAAAACACAAAACACUAAAACGCCGGUGAACGCACCGGGCUUUUAAAUUAAGAAAAUACAGAUUAAAAAUCCUUUGGUACAUAUUGUAUUUGAGGCAAAGGGUCAGAUAAUUCAAAAUGGGUGGAGUAGAGACGGAGGACAAGAACGUGCUGAAGAACAGAGAAAAUCUCUACCGAUUGAUCAUCAGCCAGCUUUUCUACGACGGACACCAAACCCUGGCGGUCAGUUUGUCGUCGCUAGUGCAAGCAGACCCUCCGUGUCCGCCGUCGGACAGAUUAUACCACCUCGUACAGUGCGGUCUGCAGCAUGAGCCAGAUGCUCCUCGGCCGGUGACUAAGGUGGAAAGUCUGCUGGGUGCGGGGCUUGACCUCGAGUAUGAGACAGAUAUCCAGAGUUUGGCGCCUGAACCAGCGCUUUAUGAGACGGCGUAUGUGACCAGCCACAAGGGACAAUGCCGCGCAGGGGCCUUCAGCGCCGACGGCAACCUCGUUGCCACCGGCAGUGUUGACGCCUCCAUCAAGAUUUUGGAUGUGGAGCGAAUGCUGGCCAAGUCUGCGCCGGACGCUGAGGAUCGGUCAUCAGUGCAUGACCAGCAGGGCCACCCUGUGAUCCGUACGCUGUACGACCACUUGGAGGAGGUGACCAGCCUCGAGUUCCACCCAAAAGAGCUUAUUCUGGCGUCAGGAAGCUCUGACUUUACAAUAAAACUGUUUGACUUCAGCAAGACGUCUGUCCGCAAAGCAUACAAAACCAUCACGGACUCGGAACCCAUCAGAUGCAUGAACUUCCACCCAAGCGGCGACUUCCUAUUGGUCGGCACCAGUCACCCUGUGCUUAGAAUGUACGACGCCAACACUGCCCAGUGCUACGUCUGCUGUUUCCCCUCACACCAGCACACCGAUGAAAUCACCUCAGUCAAAUUUUCAAUGGAUGCCAAGAUGUAUGCAUCCGGUAGCAAGGACGGCAGCAUCAAGUUGUGGGAUGGAGUGUCCAGCAAGUGUGUCAACACCUUCAAAAACGCGCAUGAUGGAAACGAAGUAUCUUCGAUUUGCUUCACUCGGAAUGGAAAGUACCUAUUGUCCUCUGGGAUGGACUCGUUAAUCAAACUGUGGGAGUUGUCAACAAGCAGGUGUCUCAUUGCGUACACAGGCGCCGGCACCACAGGUAAACAAGAGCACCGAGCGCAGGCGGUGUUCAACCACACGGAGGACUACGUCAUGUUUCCGGACGAGGCGACCACCAGUCUCUGUGUGUGGAACUCGAGGAACGCCUCUCGCAAGCAGCUCCUCUCCUUAGGGCACAACGGAGCAGUGCGGCACCUUGUACACUCGCCCAACUCCCCAGCGUUUCUCACCUGCUCGGAUGACUUCCGCGCCCGCUUCUGGUUCCGACGCAUGGCUCACUAAACAACGCAAAUUCAUUUUUCAUAAUUAUAGAAGUGGCUGAAACUUUUAGUGAAAAUGUGAGCAAUUUUGAACUUUGUGUAAAUGGCAUCAUUACAAAUAAAUUAAAUUUGUUUAAUAAAUAAACCAUAAAUUAUCCAAUU